GAGGAGAUGGAGAGCGAGAAUGGUACAGUGGUGACAGAAUUCAUCCUCCUUGGUCUGACCCAGUCUCAAGAUAUUCAGCUCCUGGUCUUUGUGCUAGUUUUAAUUUUCUACCUCAUCAUCCUACCUGGAAAUUUGCUCAUCAUCCUCACCAUCAGAUUAGACCCUGGACUCACAGCUCCCCUAUACUCCUUUCUGGGCAACUUGGCCUUCCUGGAUGCAUCCUACUCCUUCAUUGUGGCUCCCAGGAUGCUGGUGGACUUCCUCUCUGAGAAGAAGGUGAUCUCCUACAGAGGCUGCAUCACUCAGCUCUUUUUCUUGCACUUCCUUGGAGGAGGGGAGGAGUUACUCCUUGUUGUGAUGGCCUUUGACCGCUACAUGGCCAUCUGUCGUCCUUUGCACUAUUCAACUGUCAUGAACCCUAGAGCCUGCUAUGUCUUGCUGUUGGCUCUGUGGCUUGGAGGCUUUGUCCACUCCAUUAUCCAGGUGGCCCUCAUCCUUCACUUGCCCUUCUGUGGCCCAAACCGACUGGAUAACUUCUUCUGUGAUGUGCCACAGGUCAUCAAGCUGGCCUGCACAGACACCUUUGUGGUGGAGCUCCUGAUGGUCUUCAACAGUGGUCUGAUGACCCUCCUGUGCUUCCUAGGGCUUCUGGCCUCCUAUGCGGUCAUCCUCUGCCGUGUACGUGGGUCCUCCUCCGAGGGGAAGAGCAAGGCCGUGUCCACAUGCACCACCCAUAUCAUCAUUAUAUUUCUUAUGUUUGGACCUGCCAUCUUCAUCUACACUCGCCCCUUCAGAGCCUUCCCAGCUGACAAGGUUGUUUCUCUCUUUCACACAGUGAUCUUUCCAUUGUUGAAUCCUGUGAUUUAUACCCUUCGCAACCAGGAAGUGAAAGCUUCCGUGAGGAGGUUGUUAAAUCAGCCUGUAGCCUAACUGAAAGAAAAAAGA